AUCCUUCUCUUUUACUCUCUUUGUGUUACCUCAAAACGACCCGCGACCCGCGACCCGAAUCAUUCUAUCCAGACCGAAAAAAUUGAUCUCCGGCGAGAUUGAUGCGGCGGUAGAAUAGAGGUUAAUUUUUCGGCCAUGGAGACGGGGAGUCCUGCGAAUUAUACUUAUAUGGGGAGGAGCUUUGGGGAUUUGAGUGUCAACGAUGAUUCUUCUGCUUUUAGUGAAUGUAAUAGUGAUAGAUCCGGGGAGUUUCCCACGGCGUCGUCUCAGAAUCGGCGAUUGUUGCUGGCAUGUGCUUCGGAGAAUUCCGAUGAUCUGAUUCGGCAACUCGUUUUGGAUCUUGAAUCGUGUUCGAUUGACGAGCAAAAGCAGGCGGCUAUGGAGAUUAGACUUCUGGCCAAGAACAAAUCAGAGAAUCGAAUCAAGAUUGCCAAAGCCGGUGCGAUUAAGCCGCUGAUUGCGCUAAUCUCCUCCUCCGAUCCUCAGCUUCAGGAGAACGGAGUCACGGCAAUUUUGAAUCUCUCGCUUUGCGACGAGAACAAAGAAUUAAUUGCCUCCGCUGGAGCCAUCAAGCCGCUGGUUAGGGCUUUGAGAGGAGGGACUUCUACGGCGAAAGAGAACGCGGCUUGUGCUCUGCUUCGCCUCUCUCAAGUAGAAGAGAACAAGGUGGCAAUCGGACGGUCGGGAGCAAUUCCGCUCCUAGUGAACCUCCUAGGGAACGGUGGAUUUCGCGGGAAAAAAGACGCAUCGACAGCUCUGUAUUCAUUGUGCUCUGUCAAAGAAAACAAGAUCAGAGCCGUCCACGCCGGGAUCAUGAAGCCGUUAGUGGAAUUAAUGGCGGAUUUCGGGUCAAACAUGGUCGAUAAAUCGGCUUACGUUCUGAGCAUACUUGUAUCGGUACCGGAGGCCAAAACGGCGUUGGUGGAUGAAGGGGGGAUUCCCGUUCUGGUGGAAAUCAUUGAGGUCGGGUCACAACGCCAGAAGGAGGUCGCGGCGGCGGUCUUAUUGCAGAUUUGCGAGGACAGCUUGGUGUACCGUACUAUGGUGUCCCGCGAAGGAGCGAUUCCGCCGUUGGUGGCUUUGUCUCAAUCCGGCACCAAUCGCGCCAAACAGAAGGCGGAGGCACUGAUAGAGCUUCUGCGGCAACCAAGAUCCGGCAACGGCGCUGCCAGAGCAUCUGAUGUAUCAGUGUAAUGGAACCCAUAUUUCCACGUAGUCGGACAGUCAAACAUAGGAAUAUUUUACACACAGAAAAAGAAAAAAAAAAAAGAAGAAAAAGAAUUGUAAAAAAAAAAAAAAAAAAAGAAGAAAAAGAAUUGUAAAUAUCUCUGUUGCAGAGCUUUGUCCAAGUUGUGAUAAAACAUUGCGUUUGGUUUUGGAUUUGAUUUUGGUUUAUUUAAUAUAAUUUCAUUUUCUCA